AUGUCCAACAGCACCUCCAUCACCCAGUUCCUCCUCCUGGCAUUUGCAGAUACACGGGAGCUGCAGCUCUUGCACUUUGGGCUCUUCCUGGGCAUCUACCUGGCUGCCCUCUUAGGCAACAGCCUCAUCAUCACUGCCAUAGCCUGCGACCACCGCCUCCACAUCCCCAUGUACUUCUUCCUAUUAAACCUCUCCCUUGUUGACCUGGGCUCCAUCUCUGCCACCAUCCCCAAAUCCAUGGCCAAUUCCCUGUGGGACACAAGGGUUAUCUCCUAUGAAGGGUGUGCUGCCCAGCUCUUUUUCUUUUUCUUUUUUAUGUCAGUGGAGUACUUUCUUCUCACUGUCAUGGCCUAUGACCGCUACGUUGCCAUCUGUAAACCUCUGCAGUACGGGACCCUCAUGGGCAGCAGAGCUUGUGUCCACAUGGCAGCAGCUGCCUGGGCCUGUGGGUUCCUCAAUUCUCUUGUGCACACUGCCAGUACAUUGUCACUCCCACUCUGCCAAGGCAAUGCUGUCGACCAGUUCUUCUGUGAAAUCCCUCAGAUCCUCAAGCUCUCCUGCUCAGACGCCUACCUCCGUGAGGUUGGGCUGCUUGUGGUUAGUGCCUGUUUAGUGUUCUGGUGUUUUGUUUUCAUUGUCCUGUCCUAUGUGCAGAUCUUCAGGGCCGUACUGAGGAUCCCCUCUCAGCAGGGACGGCAGAAAGCCUUUUCCACGUGCCUCCCUCACCUGGUUGUGGUCUCCCUCUUUGUCAGCACUGGCACGUUUGCCUACCUGAAGCCGCCCACCAUCUCCUCCCCAUUCCUGGAUCUGGUGGUGGCAAUUCUAUACUUGGUGGUGCCUCCAGCAGUGAACCCCCUCAUCUACAGCAUGAGGAACCAGGAGCUCAAGGAGGCCCUAUGGAAACUGGCACAACUGACACUGUUUCACCGACAAUAA